AUGGGCGAGUUUCAUUGUAGAUAUGAAGAUCAUCUUGAGGAAGCUAUUUUAGGAUUUUGUAUUAAUAUUGGAUGCCACUAAACUCCUCAAUUUUGUUUUAAAUGUUUCAAUACUAACUAGAAAUAACAUUAAUUUGAAUGUCUUCCAUUUCAGAAAAUCAAAGAACAUAUCUAGGAAUAUAUCCAAAAAGAAAAUGAAUAUUAUGGAAAAUUACAAAAUUUUGAGAGCAGCUUCAAUAAUUUUAUUAAUCAAAUGCAAAAGAAAGUGUAGAAUAACCUAAAGAAAAUAUUAAAAAUGAAUGAAUUUUUAUCAAAAGGAGAGUAUCUAAAUUUUAAAAGUGAUAUCAAAUUCUUUCGAAAGUAUCAUUCUAAGGUUGAUGAGACUGAAAACAGUAAAUUGAUAACAUCAAUCAAUUCUAUUGUGUCUGCUCUUGAAAAUAUUAAAUAAGAUUAUAUUAGAAUAGAUGACGAAGUCAAUGCUUUAACUGAUUAUAAUACUUAAUAAUAUCUGAAUAAAGCCAAAAGUUACUUUGAGAAAGGGGAAUAAUUAGUUUAACGAGGGAUAAUUUCAAGAAGCAUUAACAGCCUUAAACGAUUCAAUAUCGAUGGGAUAUAAUCAUGA